AAACUGACACACAUUCGUUUUCCACCGUUACUAAAAAAAGGAUAGACUUCUGCAUUCUGUGCCUCUACGAUUACAGGUUGAUCAACUAUGAACAUUUCUGUGUGGGAGAGAGACGACUUCAAUGGCACAGACUCCCUCCAAGAGAAUGUGAUCUUUGCUACAUUUUACAUCCUGAUAUUCGUCAUUGCUGUGCCUGGGAAUGCUUUAGCGCUAUGGGCCUUUUUUCACCAGGAUUGCACAUCUCCAACGAAGGUCUUCCUGAGACACCUUUCUGUGGCAGACAUCUCUUAUGUUCUUCUACUACCCAUGCGUAUAAUUUACCACCUGUUUAACAGCUACUGGCCCUUUGGACAUGUCCUCUGUCCACUAUCAGGCUUCCUCUUUUACCUAAACAUGUACUGCAGCCUCUACUUAAUGAGUUUCAUCAGCCUGGACAGAUUUCUGGCUGUGGUUCUACCUAUAAAAUCACAGUCAGUUAGAAAGGCUACAUAUGCAAAGGUAGUUGUGGGCAUACUUUGGGUGACAGUUAUUGUCUCUAUGAGUCCUAUACUUUUCUCUAAGAAUGAGACCAAAAACUCAACUGGCAACUGCAACAAGCUGUACUUAGAAAACACAUCCUCCAACGCUUUGGUUUCCACUAUUGUGGCAUUUGUUAUUCCCCUCACCACUACAGUGGUUUGCUACAUACUGAUUCUGUGGAAACUAAGGACAGUCCAAAAACAGGAAGAACGACCAGUGAUAGAUAAAGCCAUUAAAAUGAGCAUCCUCAUUGUGAUGAACUUCUUUUUUGCAUUUGUACCCUACCAUGUGAGCCGGGUAAUCUAUAUAAUUUACAGUGAUGGUCAUAUGACUGAGUCACUGGCAAGAGCCAAUCGGAUCACAUCUGCACUUACCUGUGUCAAUGGUGUAUUGGAUCCUGUAAUGUAUUUCUUCCUGAACAGCGCAUACAGGAAGAAACUGCUUCAGCUGUUCUGUAAAGAUAGGGGAAAUAACCAAUAAGGAACAAAUAUCAUGUUAACAAUAAAUGUUUUCAAAAAAAUGUGUCAUUUUUUGUUUUAAAUCAUGUUUAGAGUUUAGUUAGUUCAGACAGGAAAACCAUGGGUAAAUACAAUAAUGUGAUCUCUACAAAGUAGAAUUAUAGAUUAAUCAAAGAUGCUGUGCAGGUUUCUGUUUGCUCAGCAUCCUCUUAAAAUAUUCUGAGUCAUGUAGUUUGCCAGUGUUUGUUUCGAAAGCCAUAGUUACAAAGAUUAUUCUGCCUGUUUAUGACAACAUAAACAUUGUGGACAAAAACAAGUGAACAUCUCUUGCAGCUUAAAAGUCUUGUGAAGCAGGGACAUAAUCAUUUUCUUUCCACUUUUAGAUCAGUAACAUUUUGAGGUUAACAUCCCUACCACCAAAACACUUCAUUUUCUUACACAAAUAGUGCAACACAUUUAAAUUCACCAAGUUUCUGAGCAAAAAAAAUCACCAAAAAUGCCCCAUAUAUACAUUUAUUCCUAUAUGCCUGGACUGUCUGUCUAUGCAUAAAUCUUGAAUUUUCUUUUGGAUUUUGGUAAAAGGUUAAUAAACAUCGCAGUUCCAAAAAAAUUAGAAUGUUCUGGCUAUUUUUUUGAUGUCAGUCUUUACAGGGUUAAGAAGGUUCCAUACUGGAGCAAG